AGUCAAGAAAAUCUAAUGCAAAUGGGCGAGUCAACGUAGGAGCAGCCCAUGUUCUGAUGUGCAGCUAAUGGGCUUAAAGCCCAUCAGGAAUUAGGAGUGAGAAACAAUGGUGGUGAAGUUAUAUCAUUGCAGUUUAAUCCAUUAUUUGUUCCUGUUUCUGAGCUUUGGUGGAAUAUUAUUGUCAAAGUGUGAGGUCUUUCUUGUUGGAGGUGAAGAUGGAUGGAACUCUGGCAUCAAUUUUGUUUCCUGGUCACAAACCCACAAUUUCACCAAAGGAGACGUUUUAGUUUUCAAUUACUCAAAGAAUGAGCACAAUGUGUAUGAAGUUAGUGAGGAGACAUACAGAUCAUGCAAUGCAAGCAAAGGAGUAGUGGGUGAAUAUGAUAGUGGAAAUGAUGAAAUUGAACUGAAAGAAGCAAGAAAAUAUUGGUUCAUUUGCAAUGUGGCUGGCCAUUGCUUGGGUGGAAUGAGGUUUGGAAUUGAGGUCAAUCAACCCAACUCUACCAUUCAUGUCCCAAAUAGUGAUUUUCAACCUCCUCCCCCAACCACCAACCAUGGUUCUUAUGAAAGCUACCAAAUUUGGAGCUCUACUUUGAUUUUCAUUAUAGCAUUUGGACUUGUAUUCCGUUGAGGUACGAACAUUGUGAUUCAAUGUUACGUUCGAUAAUCAUUUUUUUCUUUCGGAGAAUAAUAUAACAUUGCAAUUGUAGGAGUGAGAAUUUGAAUCUCGAACUUAUAAGGAAGAUUAUGAAUGCUUUCGCC